AUUUUAAAAAUGGUGAUAGUUGACAAUUAUUAUGAAGAAAACUAAUUAAUUGGGUCAUUCACCUGUGUAACACCAGUAACACUUUUUCACAAUAAAUAUGUUUACAUGUAUCAGUCAACAAAUAUUCGUUCUAGCUAAGAAUUGUUUUUCAAAUCAAACAGGUGCAUUAACUAUUUCACGAGUGAUUGAUUCCGGAGGCAAUUAAACACGACCGCUGAUUGGUCGACUGGCGCAACUCAGUUGACCGGCCCAGUACGACUCGACUCUACGUGUAAUGCUGCAUCUACAGGGACGUAUAGGCGUACAUGGAUACAUGUGCCCGGGCUUUUCGACAUCAAAAAAUCUUAAGUUUUUCACCUUUUUGCGCUAUGGUACACAAUCUCCACCGUAAUCCGAACUACCCAUGUGGUCUGCAGUACCAGAUAUUGACGAUCUGUCGAGUGGCAGUGGCUCUGACGGGGAGAAAUCGGCGAAGUCUGAGGACGCAGUUUCGUGUGACAACCGCGAUGCCGAAGCUUCUAACGGAUCGUGUAGCAACAGUAAUAUAGCGCCACCAAGAGGUGUGUCUAAUCAACAUUGGCAGACAUUCUACAAACUGAAGAGACGCCGUGAAGAGUCAAAACAGUCUCACUUCCAAAACAGGCCAAAGAAACAAAGAAAGAAACACAGGGCACUUGUUGAUCAGGAAGAUGCUUGCUCCCCAGACACUGCUCAGCCUUCCUCUUCAUCUGCCUCAUCUCCUCCACAAGGAGCAGGAGAGUCAAAACUUCCAAACCUUGAAUCUCCAGAAAAGAAAAGCACCCCAACGCCAGAGCAACAAGAACAUUGGGACAACUUGAAGAAACAUCUGAAUGUCAACGACCACAUCUACCAGGGUAUUGACCACGGCCAGUACAACCGGCAUAAGAGUGGCUUAGAAAAACAAGUUGACAAGGCCGUGGAGGAGGGCAGUUUUGAAGAGGCAGAAAAACUCAGCGACCAGCUGGCAACUAGAGACCUAGCCUGCAAGAUAGCUAAAUCGGUUGAUGCACGAGACUACUUGAAAUGGAAAGAGGGCGAGGAAGCAAAGAGGAAAGCCAGAAAGAGAAAGAAGAAGCUAAAUUGGGUCUUUGAGGCAAAGGAGAGAUGGCAGAUGAAAGGCAACAUGUAACAUCACCCCCCUUCCCCCUGUGCAGUCAUGGGUGACUGUGAAAGCUUUCUUGGCUGUGCAGCAGUUUAUCUUCUAUGAUGACAAAUAGCGAUUGGGUGUCUACUUAAAGUGGGCCAACAUGAAGACUUAACCUCAUAGUGCACUUUCAGAUCACACAUACUCUAUGCUUUCCAGUUAGACAUUGCCAAGGGCUCCAUUUUAUGGCUGAAAGCAUAAUGUUGGGUUUUGUACUGCGCAUCCACCAUGGAGACAGUGGCUCCCUACAAUCAUCAUCUCAGUGCUUGCUGCCAUUGGUUACUGCAAAUGACCAAUGGUAGCAUCAGCAUGGUCACCAAAUUCAUCUAUACGAAUGUGUACAUGCAGUGUGCAGACCCAGUGGGAUGUGGUUGCUAGGUAACACAGUCCCCUAAAUGUUCACACACAAGAGUCCGUUGGCUACAUUUUCAUGUUCGGUGUGGGCAUGUAAAACGUGUCUACAAUGACCACUGCAUAAUUUGCAAAAAAUCCUUUAAAAAGAUUUCAACUGCUUGAUGCAGUGUUGUUGACUCGAGUCACUGACUUGGACCUGAAUCUGACUCGAGUCGCCAUUUUUCAAACUUGAGACUUGACUUGACUUGAAAAAAAAUGACUCUAGAUGUGACUUGACUUGAAAAGAAAAUGACUUGUUGUAUGAAACCAUUUCUUUCAAAAUAUGCUCAAAAAAUCCCGAACCUUGGUGAUCCGUGCAUUCAUCCCACUCACAAAAACAUUGUUCAUAUUCACGGUAUUCUUCAUGCAUGUAUCAGUACUCGUGUUCAUAAUACACGCGUAUGUACAGUACAAUUUACAUGCAUGCUGUACAUCCGUGCUUGUGAGCUGCACUGCAUACAUGUAGUCUGAUUACCAUUCCUUAUUUGAGAGCGGUCGUUCCAUAGAACCCACAUGCUGCAUACCGUCGCAGGCUGCGGGCAAACUCAAACUUUGGCAAUUACAUGUUUUAAUCUGAUCAAUUUCAAACUUGUCAUAGUCAUCAACCAUCCUCUGAAGAUGUGUGCCGAAACGUUCUUUAUUUGUGCCAUUUAGGAUGUCAUGUGACCUCAAUUCAUGAAAUAGGCAGGCCAAUAAAUACAUGUAUAUGUAACAAAAUGAAGAAAUUAUAGCAAUGUGUGUCACUUUCCUUUUGAUGUACGUUGUUAUCAAAAUUUGACUCGAGACUUGACUUGGAAAAACAUAACUUGAGACUUGGCUUGCUAAAAUUUGACUUGGGACUUGACUUGGGAAAAAAAUGACUCGAUUACAACUCUGGCUUGGCGAUUACUGAAUGAUUCACACGUGCAACACUCCUCUGCAAGUGGCAUAUUUUAUUUUGUCACCAGUCGGUAGGAUUUGGAAGUUGACAGGUGGGGGGUCUACCAAUUUGGAAAUGAAGGAAGAAAACUGAUACUUGACAAUAAAAUAUAUUGAAAUAAGUGAUCCACAAUUUUAAAUCCAGGCAGAAGGUAAUUUUUGAUGUUUGACAAUUCCUCUUCCCAACCAUUCAUUGUCAUGUUUUAAAGUGAUCCACAAUGCAAAUGUUGUCUGCAUAAGGCUUUGGUUGUAUGGACUGUGAAAAUUGUGACAUUUGCAAUGUCCAUAUGUAUACUGGUGUCAUUGUCCAGAUAAUACCUGUAGCUAAGAAGCCUUUAGCCUGAAUUUGGAAGGGUGGGUCAGAUAUCACUCGCAUGCCUAAUUCCCUCUUCAUCAGAUACUGUUCCAGUGUGUAUGUAUUUGAAAAAUAAAAUGUUUACACAAAAUAAUAACAUAUUUUUAAUUCAAAUAAUGUACUACGAAAAUACUUUUAAACUCACGUUGCUGAAUAGUAAAGAAUUAUGCGCAAUACAAUGAUACUGCUUAAUGAUUGGUCGAUUAAUAAUGGGCUAAAAAACAUAGAAGUGAUUUCACCAUGCAAUCAAAAUGCACUUUGACUCAAGUGAUGGUCUAAUCAUAUGCGACUUUGGCAAUUAUAAAAAAAGGGAAAAUAUUUUGAACUUGCUGCGUCUUCGGUUGAGACAUCAAGUUUUACUGCAGAUUCAGAAAACUUUGAAAUCGCACCAGCAUUUGUAAAACCACUGGAAGAGAAAAGCUGGAAGUUUGUGAAUGAGUUUUCUUCAGCAACUUAUACAAGCUAAAAAUUUCCAUGUGAGCUGUUUGUAUGGCUCUGCAUCAGGUAAAAAAUUUACUCAAAUUGAAUUUCCACAACGUAAAUUUAUUAGCAAGUGUUCAAUUUCUAAACUUUAAGCACGAUUCACCCAUGGGAUAUGGAGCUUUUAAAGUACUUUCAAAAAAUAUAACUUUGAAAACACCUCCAUCAGAUACAUAACUUAGCAAUUGUCUGUAGCCAUAAGUACAUGUGUAUUAUGACCAAAGUAUUUUAGCAUGGGUCCUACAUUAACUCAGGACAGGAAACACAUAGGUCCCAGUAAGGAACUGAAUGACUUGGCUCAACUUGCCCAAGACAUCUUGGGUAGCUUAUUAAACCAACAACUGGAUCUUGUGGAAAAGAACCAAAAUUCCAAGUUGCACAUCCCUAUCUGAAUUCAGCUAAUUUGACGUCAAAUUAUCGUCAAACGAUUAAUCCAUGGUUGUUGCACUAUUAAGUUGGGGGAUUUACACAUGUACGUGUACAUUCAGAUAAACAAAUGAUAAAGUACCAUCACUGAAUGCAUCUUUCUAGAAGUGUUAUUUCCUUGACAUUCCAAUCUAAAACUCAAUCCAGACAACUAUACCAAGAUAAACUUUCAUGGUGUCAACACAUUUUCAUUUUAAUUCAAAGGAUUAAAGGCUUGUCAGCAUAAAAAUGUUAAAAUGAGUGAUGCCUCUUUUUCUAAGGUGGUUUACUUUUUUACUAGCAUACUGGACUUCAAAACCUUUGAGGGUAGAUAAAAGUACAUGUACUUCAACUUUAUAGGUGCAGCAGGGCUAAAAAUACUUGAGAAAUUCCAAAGGAAUUGCUGGAGUGUAAAGUUUAACUCAGGAGGAUCUGUAACUACACUGUACUUAGGAGUCGGGGUUAAUUUGAUAUGAGAACAAUGUGAAGACAG